CCAAAGGCAAAUUUGCCAUUCCCUGCUCAGCAUUUGGAAGGACAACAAAAAGAUGGGUGGCAGUGGCAGUGGUGCUGGUGCUGGUGCUAAGCAUGCUGGCGGCAGCACUGCGAAGAAGCAUGCGCGUGGUAAGGCGCACGAUGGGAAGCACCACCAGCAAACGCAGCUGAAGCUGUGGCAUGCCAUGGCGCUGGUGGCAGCGGCUGCGAUUCUGGUGUAUCUCAACUCGUUGCACGGAGAAUUUGUGUUUGACGACAUGCCAGCCAUUGUUGACAACGCGGAUGUGGACCCCUCCAAAACACCGCUGUCGUCGCUCUUCAAGAACAACUUCUGGGGCCAGGAGAUGGGAGCGGCGUGGUCCCAGCACUACUCGUACCGCCCACUGACCACCAUCACCUUUCGCUGGAACGUGGCCGUGUUUGGCUUCGACACGUUCUGGUUCCACGUCGUCAACACGGCGCUGCACGCACUGGCAUCGGCGCUGGUCACCUGCGUCGCCGCCCAGCUGUGCAAAGGCUUUGCAUCGUGGGUUCCGCUCGUGUGCGGGCUCGUGUUCGCCGUCCAUCCCGUGCACACGGAGGCCGUCGCCAACAUCGUGUGCCGGGCAGAGCUGCUGGCGUGCGUGUUCUGGUGCCUCGCCUUUCUCGUGUACGCCAAAGGCAUGAGCAUUGCCAGGACGCAAGCAGCACCUGUUGUGCGCCAGCUCACCUUCUUUCUCGCACUCGGCGCCACCACCGCCCUCACAGUGACUGCCGUGUUAUGCAAGGAGCAAGGCUUUACUGUGCUGCCCGUGGUGAUGGUGUAUGACCUGCUGUAUCACGGGGACCUCGAUUUGGUCGUCUUGCGCUGGUUCCGCCGCCCCCAGCAGCAGCAGCAGCAGCAAGCGAAGAAGCACAAGUCGACCAACACCACCAGCUCGUCGUCCCUCUCGGCCAGCAUGUUCCGCGUGGCGGUGGCUGCUGGCGCCAUGGCCGUCGUGUAUGGCUGGCGCGUCAGCCUCAACUCCGGUGAUGAGGUCAAAGUGGACGAGAAGACAAACCCCGCAAACCACAUUGACGACUGGCUGCUGCGAGCGCUGACGAAGAACUACUAUGUGUUCCUGCACGCGUGGCUGCUGCUGUUCCCUGCCGAGCUGUGCUGCGACUGGUCCUCCUUCGGUAUCCCAAACAUCACCGCCGUCUCAGACCCACGCAACGUGCAGACUGCAGCCAUGUAUACGACUCUGGUGCUUGGCGUCGUGUAUGCGGCGUUCAACGAGCGGCUGCCGCGCCGGUUGCGCCGCGUUGUGCUCAUGGCCGUCGCCAUCGCCGCCAUCGCAUUCAUCCCGGCAUCGGGCCUCCUCCUCGAGGUGGGCUUUGUGGUGGCCGAGCGUGUGCUGUACACGCCCUGUCUCGGCGCGUGUCUUCUCUUCGCCGCUGUCACUGCGCAUGCACUCAACGCCUACACGACCGGUCAUGAUGAUGACGACGACGACCAUCGCACCGCAACCGCCACCGCCGCUUCCUCAACCACCAACGACAUCUUCACCCGCAGGGCUGUGUUUGCUGGCGUUGCUGCUGUGCUGCUGCUGAUGAGUGCUCGCACGUGGUUGCGCAAUUACGACUGGCAGAAUGUCCUCACCCUCUACGAAACAGGGCUGCAGGUGUUGCCGAUGAACGCGAAGCUGAACCACAACUUUGCGCACUCGACACCAGAUCCGGACAAGAAAGAGUACCACUACCGCGCCGCAAUCCACAUCUAUCCGCCAUAUGCGUCUGCGUACAUCAACCUCGGAGUGCAUCUUGCGCAGACUAGCCGGCUGGCAGAGGCCGUGGACGUGUGGAAGCAGGGCCUGCAGCAGUGGAACAAGCGACCGAUUGUUGGCAGCGACCCCGUCGUGCUCAAUCUCAACAUCGGCACGGGACUCAAGAACCUCGGGCGGUACGAGGAGGCCAAGGGAUACCUGCGGGCGUGUCUGCGGUACGACGCGAACAAGGAGCUGUGCAGCCGGCGCUUGCAAGAGGUGGAGGCUGCACUCAGGCGGAACAAGUAAACCGUUCACUCACUGCCCAC